GGCCUGCGCCCUGUGGACGAGGCGUGGACCGCGGCGGGCCAGAGCGAGUGGCCUCCUUUGGGGCCGGCGCCGGAGCCGGCGCCGGCGCCCGCGCCCAGAGAGGAGAACGAGGAUUCGGCGGACGAGCUGCGGCAGCCGAAGCUGCUGCGAAUGCUCAAAAGCAGGGUGGCCAGCAUAAAGAAGACUUUUGCUGGAGCGGAGAAGGCGGUGACCGAGGUGUACCACGGUCUCAACGAUCCGGAGUACAACCAGCCGCCCAAGUUGGAAGGGAACUCUCCGGAGGCGAUCAACCGCAUAAGCCUUCAGGUGGCGUGCUUUGUAGCCUGCAUGACCGCCAUGGGCUACAGCUUCGACGUCUUCUUCGGGCACUGCAUGGCGGCGGGCCGCAAGGCGCGGCCCGGCACGGGCCGUUGGCUUCUAGGUAGGCAGGUGCGCUCGUACAUGGAGGUUGACGGGUUGGUGCCCAAAACGGAGGCGACGAUCAGGCCCAAGUGUUGCAUAGUGUAG